AUGGACGACCCAUUCAGCCGCGCGCGCCAGGAAGGCUCGCCUCCCCCGACCCAGGACCCUCUCGCCCUUCUUCGAAGCCUGCCUGAGCCCCCUCUAGAAUGCCAAGUAUGCAUUGUCGGCGCAGGUCCCGCCGGCCUGAUGCUGGCCGCCAACCUGACCAGAUUUGGCAUCAACGUUGAGGUUGUCGAUGAUCGAGCAGACCAGACACCUGUGGGAAGAGCCGAUGGCUUGCAACCAAAGACGAUCGAGACCUUCCGACAGAUGCGAUUAUCAGACACUUUGCUACAACGUGGUGUCCGUGUCUUCGACAUCGCCUUCUGGCGCAGCACAGCGGACGAACCUCUUCACCGACUCGGCCGCGAAGUUCACUACCCGCCUAUUAUCGAUGUCCUCGAUCCCUACAUCCUUCUUGUUCACCAGGGCAUGGUUGAAGGUCUCUUCCUCGACGACAUGAAGAAGCGUGGCAAGGAGGUUCGCCGAAACAUGGCUUUCGAGUCGUACAAUGUCUCCGACAACGUAUUGGGACCCCUUCAGGUCAAUUGUCGCACCAAUGUCACCCAGGAUAAGCGAUCUGUCCUGACCCAAUUCCUGGUCGGCUGCGACGGCGCGCACUCCAAGGUUCGAAAGAGCAUCCCGGAUGUCAAGGCUGUUGGUAUGUCCCAGGCGGCCAUCUGGGGUGUCCUGGAUGGAGAGUUGAUUACGGAUUUCCCCGAUAUCUGGUCCAAGACCCUCGUCUACUCGCAGGAGCAUGGAUCAAUUCUCAUUGUUCCCCGAGAGAGGAACAUGACUCGAUUUUAUAUCGAGCUCAAGGCAGGCGCCAAGUUUGAUCGUCGCGACCUGGGCCAGGAAUUCAUCAUGAAGCGUGCCAAGCAGAUCAUGGCUCCCUUCCAGGUGGAGUGGAAGUACAUUGAAUGGUUUGGUCGCUACCAGGUCGGUCAGCGAGUCGCCAGCCGGUUCAGCGACGGCCACCUCAGGGCAUUCCUUGCUGGUGAUGCCAGUCACACGCACUCUCCCAAGUCGGCGCAGGGUAUGAACACCUCAAUGCACGACUCAUGGAACCUGUCUUGGAAGCUGAACUUGGCGGUUCGCGGCCUGGCCAAGCCGGUCCUGCUUGAGAGUUACGAGGAAGAGCGUCGCAAGAUCGCAUUGGAUCUGGUCAACUUUGACUAUGAGCACGCUAACCAGAUCGCCGGUGGAGACGCCAUUGCCCUUGCCGAGAACUUCAGGACCAACGUCCGAUUCAUCUCUGGUAUCGGUGCCGAGUAUGGUGAAAAUGUCAUCAACCGACCUGGAGUGGGCAACAACCAGUUUGUCAUGGGAGAUGUCAAGCCUGGUUGCCUUUUGCCCCCUGCCAAGGUGACUCGUUACAUCGAUUCCAACCCUGUCGAUAUCCAGCUCGACAUUCCCAUGUUGGGCCAGUUCCGCAUCUACCUCCUGAUGUGGGAUGUCCAGCAGUCGGGUCCUUUCCUCGAGACCUUCUGCCGAGCCAUUGCUGGUACCGACUCUUUCAUUAGCAGGCUAUCUGCUGCGGCCAGUGCCUCUUAUGCCAACCAACCACGAAAGUCUGCCCCCGAGGAUAUCUACUACCGGCCAGAGCGAUACACCGUCGUCAGCCACCUCUUCACCUUUGCCCUCAUCACCACCAUGCCCAAGACAGAAAUCGAGAUCUCGGACCUCCCCCCUCUCCUGCAGGACAGCCGAUGGACCUUCUAUCUCGAUGACAUUCCGGACCAGGACACCCGUGGCUCGCUGUGCACCAACAAGUGGCUCGGCAGCCUUGGACCUGGCGAGGUGGCCAUUGUCAACGUGCGCCCCGAUGGCUACGUUGGCUCUCUUGGCAGAUGGGACUCGGGUGUGGAUGACUCUGGUGUCGAAGCUGCUCGAUGGCUUGACGAGUACUAUGACGGAUUUAUGCAACUCCCGACGCAGUAA